AUGGCACCUACGAAGCCUAACUGCAAGCCUGCGAGACACGUCUCUAAUGUCUUUGAUCUGGACAAUCUUCGGGCGUGCCUGAGCAAUCCCAAGUUCGAGUCUCAGAGCGGUGAAUUCCGGGGUGAUGGCCGGAAUUUUGAGGCGCAGGAAAAUAAUGACUCGCUGGCAACUUUCUUUAACCAAAAUUCCGUUCUCCAUCAGUUGCCGGCGCCGACUUUUCCUGCAAAUCCUCCCCGCACUUUGACUCUUGUACUGAGACCCGCGAGGACGGCGACGACGACACCUGAUAACCGUUCGGAGAAGAUUCAGCGGAGACCUCUGUCCACUUGUGACUUGGCCAAGUUGAAGCUGGGCACCUGUUGGUGUCCGAGUUGCAAGAAAAGGGCCGGGACGAAGAAGAAAGUGCAAUCUGUCGUGGGCGAGAAAUCAAAGAUUACGAAGAGGUCAAAGCUCACCAUCUCUAAAAAGUCCGAAGGGCAGAAGAGACGGGAGAAGAAGCGCAGGGAGCGGAGGAGGGCGGAGAAAGCUGAGAAGUUGUCGACAGACACUUUGAUGCUGAAUUCGACCUAA